AUCCCAUUGGCCGCCGCGGGCACGUCCCGCCCACUGGGCUGCGGGUCGUCGAGUGAGGCGGGAGUGGCGCGACUGGCGGCAGUGGCGUGAGGAGCCAGUGGCGUCGCCGGGCGCUUCAGACUCGCAACCGGCGCCUGACCAAUAAACCUUUAACAAUGACAAACAAGACACUUAUCGUAUCUGCUCCUGGGAAGGUUAUUUUACAUGGAGAGCAUGCUGUGGUGUAUGGAAAGGUGGCUCUUGCAGUCAGCUUAAACUUAAAAACAUAUCUGCGGAUACAACCUGGUUCUGAUGAACAGGUACGAUUAUACUUGCCAAAUAUUGAUACCCAUCUUAGUUGGAAAACUACGAACCUUCAGUUCCUGCUGACAGCAAUUGAUGCUGAUGUCCAGAAUCCAAAGGCUGCGAGCAAGGAACUUGUGGAGCAACUGAGGCAGUAUGUGGGAAUCUCGGAAGGCUAUGCAGACACAAUGAGCCUCAGUAUCCUCUGUUUCCUUUAUUUGUACGGCGCUAUCUCCUCCAGCAAUAGUCAAUUGCCAAGUGUGGAUAUAGUAGUGUGGUCUGAAAUUCCAAUUGGAGCAGGCCUGGGAUCCAGUGCUGCAUACUGCGUGUGUCUAGCAGCAGCUCUCCUGACUGCCAGCGGGGCUAUAACCUGCCCAGCUCUGCAACGGAACGACAUUGCCAAAUGGAAUGACGAUGAACUGGAACUGAUUAACAAAUGGGCUUUUCAGGGAGAGAAGGUGAUCCAUGGCAACCCAUCUGGUGUGGAUAACGCUGUGGGAACAUGGGGAGGAAUGUUGAGAUAUCAUGCAGGUAAAAUAGACCCUUUGUCCAGAAUCCCCAAUCUACGAAUACUGCUUACGAACACAAAGGUUUUAAGAAGCACUAAAACAUUAGUCGCUGGAGUGAAGGACAAACUUAAUAAGUUGCCAAGCAUAAUGAAGCCAGUGCUGGAUUCGAUAGAUGCUAUUUCAUGCGAAUGUGAACGCAUUCUUAAUGCUAUAGCAUCAGGCGGUGAUGUGAAUGAACUGUACACAAUCCUGGAGGAACUCAUUGACAUCAAUCAGCACCACCUGAAUGUCAUUGGAGUGGGACAUUCCUCAUUGGACAAGUUAUGUCAGGUCACUGCAGCGUACGGACUGCACAGCAAGUUGACUGGGGCAGGUGGUGGCGGAUGUGGCUUAACACUGCUCAGACCAGAUGCAAAUCCUUCUGUCGUCGAGGCUUCCAAACGGGCUUUAAAAGACCUUGGGUACGAUUGCUGGGAGACAAACAUUGGUGGAUCGGGUGUGUCCUUGCAGUCACCCUCCUCGCUGCAGAAGGACAUAUUUCACCUUCUCUGUGAGGGGGAAACUGCCAAUGAAGAGUUUUAGAAACAUUGUUAUUAUGCUCACUAUUUGCACCUUUGUGUAUUUAGCAGACUGUCAGAGAUUCUCAGAUUUGAUCCCCUCAUUUUUCAGUUCUCUAUUCCUCCUCCUCCUCCUCUACUAGUUGCAUUCGAGAGACGUUCAGCUCUCAAAACAUGACGGAUGAAGACACAAAGUGCUGGAGUAACUCAGCGGAUCAGGCACCAUCGCUCUAGAACGUUUCUGGUCCCGACUUGAAACGUCACCUCUCCAUGUUCUCCAGAGAAGGGGAACUGGGGAAUGGCACGGUGGCGCAGAGGUAGAGUUGCUGCCUUACAGCGCCAGAGGCCCAGGUUCCAUCCUGACUACGGGUGCUGUCUGUAGGGAGUUUGUACGUUCUCCCCGUGACCUGCGUGCGUUUUCCUGGGUGCUCUGGCAUCCCUGAAUACUGCAAAGAUGUUUCUGGUUUGUAGGUUAAUUGGUUUUGGUUAAAAAUUGUAAAUUGUCCCUCGCGUGUAGAAUACUGUCAGCGUAUCGGGUAAUCGGUGGUCGGCGCAGACUCGGUGGGCCGAAGGGCCUGUUUUCGCGCUGUAUCUCUAAACUCUUAAGUUGCUGCCUGAUCCACUGAGUUACUCCAGCACUUUGUGUCUUAUGCAGUUCCUUGUGCCUCCAGCUGAUAAAAUAUUUUUGAUUUUUUAAUUUGCACCUGCGAAUGCAAUAGUAUCGAAACAUUCUGGUUGAAAAGCAUUGCAUGUUUCCAGUUGGUUGUCUGGUUGAGUAUACUUGGCAUGUUUGUGCAUAACGGCGUGAGUGCGGAUGCCUUCAGCAGUUCAGGUGGGAGAGACCGUGCUGAAGCGCUGAACAUGCCUGGAAGAUGUUGCCGGAGAGGAGAAUGUUUCACCAGUUGUUGAGCAUCGGCUAUUUCUUAAACCAAACCAGUUAUCGAUGGAUUUGUCUUCAUUCUCUGUUGAAAACAAUGCACUUUGUGUUAUUUUGUCUCGGGGAUCAUUUUGAGAAUUAAGCAAAAAAAUUGCUAAUUAAAUUUACCUGUGUCAGAUGUGGUGUUUUUGAA